ACCAGGUCGCAUCGGUACCGGUUUUCAGUUGCUGAAAUUCAUGGUGAGAUGGUUGGGGAAGGUUGCCACAUGCACACAGCUUUGGCGAAAUCCACAAGAAAUUUGAUGCAUUUGCUUUGCCGUCGGUGACUUGAGAAGAGUAGUCUGUUGCUUGCUUUCUCUUCUCAACUACAUAAUCUGUCCAACACAGAGCAUUAGCUAGCUAGCUAUACAUGUAGUAGUGUAGUAGUGGAAGGAAACAAAAAGAUCGAUUUGACCAUGAUGAAGGCUAUGCAUCGAAGCGGAGGAGACGGCGAGGGCUCUCCCAGCGGGAAAUCUGGCAAGGGCCUCUUCAAACGUUGGAAGAGAGGCAGCGGCAAAUCUACUAGAGAAGCCAACAGUUCAGAAGCUGGCAAUGAGGACUCUGAAGCAAACAACGACCGCUCAGAAUUUCUAGCCGACUCGGUCACCUCUGAUCCCUUGAUGGAUGAGUCUUCUUCCAGUCUCCCUGACGGCCAGAACUGGAUGCGUUCCACCAGUCUUCAGUUGAGUGUGGCGGAUAGCCAGCAGGGCUUGGAUAGUUCCACCCAAGACAUGUACCAAAGUCAACCAGCUCUAGAAACUUUCCCUGAAGAUCUGGAAACUCCAGUUCCCGACCCCAAAAAGACCAUACAAGAUCUUGCAUCUUGUAGCAGCGAGGAGGUUAGCCCCGUCUGCGUGGAUCAGUUUCCAGUUGUGCACAUCCGGCCGGAUAGUAGCGGUGAUGGUACUAGUAGCGACGACGAGGAAGAGGAGUCGGGCCGCAGAGCUUCUGUCAGCACCUAUUUCGAUGCCAGUGUCAACGUCAUGCCUCUUCCGUUCACGGGUGGUCUAGAUGAGAUCGGUGAUGCCCCCGAGAAUACUCGUUUCUUGAAUCUCUAUAGAGAUGAAACUCCUCCAGAACAUGGAGUGCAAACAGGACAGCAACAAGCUGCACAUCGCAGGCCUACGGCAUUUGAACGUGCUCAAUCCAGAAGUCAAGUAGCAGCAAAACAACCAGCUGCGCCAGCCAAAGGCCAACUCAUCACGGCCGAAGUGACGGUGGUCAAGGAGAAGAAGACCGACGCCCAGCAAGAUCCCCAAGAAAGUCCAAUCGUUACGACGACAAAGCCUAGGGUCUAUGACAAGAAAAGCAAGCAUUACAAUCGCUAUGGCAUUGCCGGUCUUUUGGACAAGCACAAAGUCAGGCACACCCGACGGGCCAGUGAAACGGCCGCUGCCAAGGCCAAGGCUACUAGUAGCCCCGAGAAGCAACGCCGCAACACGCUGGCAGUGGCAGUCCAGCAAGGAAUCAUCAAUCAAAUCACCGGAGUGGGUCGCGUCGCAAAGAAGGACAAACACAAUCAGAGUUCUUCUUCUUCCCCAGAGACUAGUAGCAAAGCUGACAGUUCUUCUUCUUCGGAGCACCCUAGCAGCAGCUCCAGUGACGGGGAUUUCAAAGCAACCGCCGCCACCAACACCGAUGCUGUUUGUAAAGAAGACGCCCAAGAACAAGGCAGAUCAGCCUCCACUCGUAACAUUGCCAUGGACAAUACAGUUGACAACGAUGCCAUGCCAACCAGGCCAGCACGACGAACUCAGUCCGAAUCAUCUGAAGAAACCGUCCAGACGUGUCCGAGCAGAACUUCGACACAGUAUUCGUACAUAAAAGGGUUGCCCUUUACAAAGGAUCCGGCGACAAGUAGUCAACAGCAACAGCCCUACUCCAGGGAGCCUGAACAUGGCCACCAAGGUCAUUUGGAAGCAUGGAAUCCUGCCUACUCCAGGGAGCCUGAACAUGGCCACCAAGGACAUUUGGAAGCAUGGAAUCCUGCUAACAACAGCCAUCAGGGUUAUCCCAGAGGAGAUCCUAGAAGAGAUCCCAAACAAAGAGUCAUGCCGACUCCAAGCACAGUGUCCAUGGCGUCGGAAGAAACAGAAAUCACUGCGCCAGGCCGCAUUUACGCCUUUCGGCUGCACGAGGAAGCAAUCAAAAGUCGAAUGACUGUUUCCCCUCCUCAAUCUGACUUUAGUGGCGCUGUGUCCACCUUGGACAACAACAGCAGUCCGAUAUUGCAGGGCGUUUCCUAUGGCAUUCCAGCCGACAACAACCCUCUGAACCACCAGGGACCUGUGGUACCACCCGUCGCAACAUGUCGACUACCGGAUUCCAUGCCACCGCGGCGACAUCGGUCGCACAGGGCAGCAACCAAGGCACCACAGCAGCAGCCACCUGGCCCCGAUGAGACGAUAUUCAUCCAUGUCAAGCCCAACCUGAGAGUUCCGCUGCGACGUGUCCCCGACGUCUUGCAGGCGCUCGCCCAGCACUACUACGAUACUCCCAACUGUCCUUGCUGCAACAAACAAGUGGCAGUGGUGGCCGAUGCAGCCUUUUUGCAUUGUCCCAUUUGCAACGAGAUAAGCCCCUUGUUUGGCAAUAUUUGGCCAGUGGGCAACUUUCCCGAAGAACCCGAGUACCAUCGACUCGGACUGGGCCUUGGCAUGACGUGGGAAACCAUGAAGAAAGUCUAUCAAGAAAUGUUCCCCGAGGAAUACAAUGCCGCUGAUGCUGCUGUCGCAGAAAAGGGCGAGGCUGCUCCCACGACAACUACUACUCCCGUUGUUGACAGUUCUAGCUAAUAAUGCAACCUAUGUCAUGAAAGAAAGUGUACCGUACAGUGUAGAUUCAGUACCGGUAGUAGUUUACUGUACCGUUCGUAUGGAAGGGCGACGAAGCGGGUUCAUCCACGUGUCGUAAGUUCGAAAUUUGGGAGCAUCCUCGGGAAACGCUGUGAUUGUAUCAAAUAAAUGUGCUUGCAGUGGUAUCACAAUAUGUUGCUUGGUAAUGGAGGUACUCCUGCAGUCAAAUUCCUGACUAGAUCGUUAUCAAAUAAAUGAUAGAGUGUGUGCAUCCCUUCCUACUGUACAAUAGUAGCCACUGCGCAAGACUUCCUCCUUGGAUGGUUUCCCCAGCACAAAAUAGCUAGCUCUCAUCCAUUGGUUGCUGUUGCUGCUGCCUUGGUUGUUGAAUGCGCCUCCAUUUGCGCGAAGUACGACCAAUCUCUGCUUUAAAUUUAUUGGUGUUUGUGAGAGUUUCGACGGCCUUGCAUCCCCACGUCGAAUGACUGUAAGCCGUCACUUGGACUCGUCCUCCUCCAGUGCUGUUGUUGUCGUCGACUGAUAUAUCGAGUAGGAAAUGUCCCUCGGCGGGUCGCGUAUCGAGAAACCGAAUCCUGUCCUUUUGGAGGACCUGCCACACUGCGGGGGGGAGCUUCUUGUCAUCCCACUCGACUGGGGUGGGUGUCUCUUCUCGUACCGAGACAACGACACCGUGUGGUGAUUGUUGUGUAGUAGCAAUGGCCAAGGAAUAGUUUCGUUGUUCUCGAAAAUACGUGGCAAUGCGUUGGGCAACAAUGGCGGGUACACUACUAUUGUUGUCACUAUUAUAAUCGCCAUCCUGAGGCGACAGGGUCACGGCAAACGAUGGUCUCGUGCUUUUCGCCAGAGGCGAUCGGAUGGUGGGUCGUUGGAGCGUCCAUGCCAGGAACCAUCGUGUCAAAUUUCCCGGUCCAAAUUGUGUGGAUGGAAUGGAACCGGGCCCCAACAAAUAGUCCAACAAAUGGUGGAGUUGUUGAAACGAUGUUUUCUUGCCCAGCAUGCAAGCGUACCAGGUGGAUUGGAAUGCCUCAUGGUUGUAGCGUAGUAAGAAGGCAUCCGCGAGCAUAUCCGUGACAAAGGCGACUUCUCCUCCCGGAUAGCUGGCUUCGGUGCACGUCAAGUUGGUUUUGGGGCGAUGGUCUCCUUGUCGCGUGGGUUGUGUCACUUGGGCAGCAGAGGGGUCGUGAAAGGGUGGAUUGGUCAGGACCACGUCUACUUUUUGAUUGGAUACUGGUUGUGUCGCUGCUUGGAGUAGUUGGAGUAAUGGACCUGCAUGUUGUUCUUGUUGUUGUUGUUGCUGUUGUGCAGUGGUUGGUUGUACUUGAAUGACUUUGAUUUUGGAUUCCAAGUGAUUCGCGACAACGUUCUUUUGUGCCAUGGCGACAGAAGUAGGAUCAAUUUCCGAGGCAAACCAAGUCCACUGCGUCUUAGAUGAUGAUGUAGUAGUGUCAUUGUCAUCAUUGUCACUUUCAAGUAUCUGAUUGUGAGGUGCACAAAAGAGGAGUGGAUAGAUACACGUGGCGCCCGUGCCAAUGUCGAUUCCACAGCGACGGUCGGCAGAUUCGGAUGAUGGCAGUGUUGAUAGUAGUGUCUGCUGAAUCCACUGCACCAAAAAGUAUCGAUUGGGCACGGGAGGACACAAGGACGGAAUAUGUGGCAAUGACAGUCCAAAAAAGGAAUGCAGUAGCGCUCGCGUCGUGGCUCGCGAGAAUUCGUCCGUGACAUUGGACGCAAAGGAUCCACCGUCUUGUCGUUGUCGUUCGCGAACUCCUUGCCACGCCACACCAAACGAAUGAGGAAAUUGACGAGACAACUCUUCGAAAUUCGGAUGCGUCAAAUCGGAAAAUGUCAAGUGAGUCAAACGGCGUUUUCUUUUACUGCUAGUAGAGGAGCUCAUCUUGUCUGUCUAUCAAAUAGUAUAGUGAGUGAUGGAAUGAGAUGAUUGAUGAUUGGGGAGAGG